AUGCUCAAGGGCAGCAGCAACCACGACGAUGUCAGCGAUGACGAUUUUGUUAGCGAGAAGCAGAUUUUCCAAGGCCCGAACAAGACCAUCCUGACUCUGGAAUCCAUCCAUGUCGUUAAAGGGAUCGACAAACAUGUAAAGAGGAGGAUAGAGGAGGGGAAGGUAUACCUCAGCGAUAUAAGUCCUGUGAAAAACGCAGAAAUUGAAGAGGCCUUUUUAAAGAGCCUACGUGACAAUGCUUUGAAAAAUAACAUCAUAAGUAAAAAAAACUAUUAUAGUGGCAAGUCCACUAAAGAUUUGAAUAUUAAAAUAGAGGAGAAUUACAAAUGCUUCAGCUUAGACCAUGCCCAGGCGCAUGAGGAGGGGCACACCGAUCGAGGCGACCCAGGUUGGCACCAUGGUCGCAGCAAUUUGAACAGCCCCAAUGAUAGUGAAGAAUUGAGCAGCGGAGCGGUGGGAAGGCGGCCAAUAAAAGGGAAGCCGAAAAGGAAACACAGGGUUCCCCAAAAAAAUAAAGACAAAGGGGAGGAAGAACGGGGUGAAGAAGCACACAAGGAGGAGAAGAAGAAUAAGCAGAACGACGACGACGAAGAGGAACACAACGGGGAUGAUAUACCGAAUGACCAAGUUGAUAACGAUGCCUCCAACGAAGCGGAGGAGGCGAUCCAGCCGUACUACAACCACAUUAACUCCUUUGUCCAGAAAAGCCUAAAACCGAGCUUGUUGGAAAAAUUCUCCUUCAACGAUUUCCCAGAGUUGCUCGAAAGAGAAACAAUCGAUUACAUAAAAAAAAAGGAGAGAAAGUUACAGAAGAGAAGAUUAAACGCGAAUUUGGAGGCCCUAAGGUUGCAGUACAUACCGAUCAAUAAUGACAAGUUUAAAAACAUUCCAAGAGAAAUUAAAGAAAAUAUUUUGGCCCUAUUUGCAUGUAUCAUAAUAAAACAUAUCGACUCUUUUGACGAUAUGCAAGUGCAAAACAAUUUGGAGGAGUUGUCUAGAAAUUUCCUCAAACAGCUGUCAGACUUACUCGUUAUAGAUCCCCUAGCGUAUAAGUGCAUCAUGAAGCCGCUGGAACAAAGAGAGUUAAUCAGGGACAUCACGGGGGAUAAGAAGAUAUAUCAAUUGUACGAGAAACCAUUUGUCGAUAAUUUAUUGGUACAAAUAAAGGACCUCCAAGCAGGCAUAGAUUUGAAGUUUAAAAAAGUGGUAGAAGAAUUGAAUAAUGAAAUGGAUUUUUGGCAGAAUGAUCACAUCACUGAUGAACAUAAUAACGAUCUCUUUAGUGAUGUGGACAGAGACAUAAUACCAUACGGCGUUCAGAGGUGCUACAGCAACAGUAGCAACCUUCUGGACGAUGAUGAAGACGAUCAUGGCGACUGCAGGAGCGAUGUCAGAAACUUGUCUUCCGCUCGGGGGAGUUUUAUCCAAAGAGAAAUUGAUGAAUCGUACAGUGGGGAAGCCAUCCAUGAUUACUUUUCCUGGGGAGACAGCAAAGGCUCCCGGGGUUCUAAAAAAAAUGGGAGAGGUGACCACGCAGUGGUACGUACCGGUUGCGGCCCCUCCCCGUUAGAAGCAGUGGGAAGGGAAGAUCAAAGUUGUGUUGACACACAGAAUAGGAAGAGAAAGAACAAAGUGAAUCCCGCGCAUAAUGAAAAGAGGGCCCCCCCGGAAUGUCACAGAGGCAGCCAAAUGAUGCAGGAGAGGACCAGCAGCCUGUAUGACGCAAGCGGAUGUAAUGCUCCUCCGGGAGUCGACAUGGAUAUUCAGGGGGAGGCAGGCGGCGAUGGGAUGGGAAGCGACAGUGGUAGAACACUCGGCGGGGGGAGGGAAGCCCCGCAGGGUGAAGCUGCGAAUGACGAGGCUAAUAAAACUGCCCGUGAGGCUCCUGGCCAAGACGAGCAGGAAGCCCACCUGGGGGAUGGCCCCCCCAAACAGCCAGGUGAAAGUGACCGCACUGACGACAUGCAGUGCAAAAGUAGGAAAUGUGCCGGGGAGUCGGAGAAGGCAGACGGGGUAGGAUCGUUGCAGCCGAGUGUGGAGCAGUCGGGGAAAGUGGAGUCCACCAAAGGGGAGUCUACCCGAGAGUUCACCAAAGUUGCGCCUGAUAAACCCGGCGAGAACCAAACGAGGAGACCACCCAGCCCCAUGGGCGAUAAGAACAUGGCCGUCGAAGGAACCGAGUCCGAUGGAAAGUAUCGCCAAAGCGUAGGUCCCAGCAUACAGGCGAGAAUCAAAACGAGCAUCAGCCGCUGCGAGACAUUCGAAGGGGAAAGCGAAUAUGAAGAGAGCGACAUAGACAAACACCUAAACCAUGGCGUGCCCACCAGAGGACCCGAAGUGAAGUCAGUGCUUCUCAGAGACCUAAUCACGACUUACAUCAUGACAGGAAAUAAUAAUGCUAGAAUACAAUUAUAUUUUCAGAAGUUUGCCAGAUGUUUAAAAAUAAAUGAGUUAUUAAUUUUAAGGAUAGAAGAAAAUUUGGCGGCCGAUUUAAUAAGUGCGUUACAAGCAUCAACAAAUGAGACUUCCAAGAGGAAGAACAUAAGGAGGAUAAAAAUAGCAGCUGCUGCUUUAGGUGGGGGAGCUCUGAUAGCCUUCACCGCAGGGUUAGCUGCUCCUGGGAUUAUAGCUGGUUUGACUGCGUUAGGUGCUGGGGGAAGUAGCCUUACUGCCUUCCUAGCAUCAGCUAGCGGUUUGGCUUUUAUUGUAUCCUUGUUCGGUGCAGGAGGAGCUGGAUUGACAGGGUACAAAUACAGCAGAAGAAUAGCAAAUAUAAGAACGUUUGAAUUUAUAAUGCUAAAUGGAACUCUCUCAAAAUCGCUAAGUGUAUCUGUAUGUGUGAGUGGGGAAAUACAAACAGAUGAAGACAUAACCAACCCAUGGAUUGACGUCUUCCCGAACUGUUACUGUGAUUUGUAUGCAUUGAAGUGGGAGAACCAUUUGCUAAGAACAUUGGGUUCUUUGAUCGAAACGAUGUUGUCUCAAGAAUUUGCAAUAACAGCUAGUCGAAUAUGGCUGCAAUACACCAUAGCCAGCACGCUCAGUGCUGCCUUGACGUGGCCACUGGCACUAAUUAAAUAUGCCUCAAACUUGGACAACGUUUAUUUGCUCAUACGGGAGAGAGCGCAGCAGGCAGGAAGAAUACUAGCAGAGGCUUUGAGUGACAGAAACACUGUUGGUCAGAGACCAGUUAUCCUUAUUGGGUACUCCGUUGGGGCUCGUGUCAUUUUUUACUGUUUAAAAUAUUUGCACGCAAAAAAGCUCUACAAUAUUGUUAGCAAUGCUAUAUUUAUAGGCCUCCCUGCAACUACCAGCACAAGGGUAUGGGAGAAAAUUAGGAUGGUGGUGACUAACCGAGUGAUUAAUGUUUACUCAAAGAAUGAUUGGCUGUUGGGAUUCUUGUACAGGUACAUGGAGUGGAAGUUAAGUGUCGCUGGACUUAUCGCAGUUAAUGUGCCCAAUGUGGAAAAUUAUGACGCCAGUGGGAUUAUCCACAGUCAUUUGGAUUAUAAGAGGAAGCUCAAGGACAUUUUUAAUUUGAUAAACUUUGACAUGUGA